AUGGCCACCCCACUGCUCAAGCGCCGGACCGUAAUCCUCACGGGCGCGACGGCCGCAAUCACCGCCGUGGGCGUGCUCACGGGCGCGCAGCUCAAGACGGACACCGAGAAGCGCACGGUGGUGGAGGAGAGCUUGGAUUCGCGCAUCGAGAGGUUGAAGCUGUACCGCCAGGGCCUCGAGAGGCGGAAGGUUGAGAUCGAGGCAAAGAUUUCGGGCCUGCGCGGGGGGAGGGACUAUCGUGUGGGGUAG